UCCAGCCAAAUAGAUGUAAUUCAUCUUCACUAGCUCAAAAUUGCUCGAAACAGACCGUAAUCGCUUGUAACAGCUCGUAACGAGACUGAAUUGUUUCAGGAGCGACGCUUCAACUGCACCUCACAGGACAUCUGUAACGCUUCAUCAGAAAUUGCAGUCCGCCGAUGUAAACACAAAGUCGAAAUGAGAUGAGUAUGCGUGUGGCGUGGGCCAGGUGGUACUGGAUCGUUAUAUUCACGACGUGCGCCGCGAGGACCGCCAGUGACUGGCUAGACUGUGCCCACAUCGCUACCUGCCGCUGUAAAUGGUCCUCCGGUAAAAAGACAGCUACGUGUGCCUCUGGUGACCUACGCCGCCCGCCAGCUCUCUCAUCUGAUAUCCAAGUCCUCGACCUACAUGACAACCCACUGAGAAACCUACCUCAGGAAGUGUUUGCCAGCAUUGGCCUUCUGAACCUACAACGACUGAAUCUUCGAGCGACGAGUCUCAGGUCAAUACACCCCGACGCGUUCUUAGAAUUAAGGAUACUAAUCGAAGUUGAUUUAGGAGACAACGAUUUGUCCCAUCUCCCAAGGGACAUAUUCAGAGGCAACGAAAGACUACGACUAGUUGUGCUUAGUAACAAUCCUCUUACAUCACUGAUAGCAGAUCAGUUUCCACCACUACCGCAUUUGCGAAUGCUAUUGUUAGACGGAUGCAGAUUAAGGUCGAUACACACAAAUGCUUUGAGGAAUUUAAAGUCUUUAGAGACGAUAGAUUUGCGUAGAAACCAGCUUACUUUCCUCCGUUUGAUCACUUUUUCUCUGCCCGCAUUGAAGACCGUGUCUUUGUCAGGUAAUCCGUGGCGAUGUGAUUGUAGACUACGUGAAUUCAAGGACUGGUUUUUAGAGAGUAAAUUAGGUACAGAAGAGUUACUUUGUGUGGAACCCUCUACGCAAGCUGGAAAUAAGUGGCGGCUCGUCCCUAGUGAGAGUAUGGCGUGUCCGCCUGAAAUUAAAUCAAGUACACUAGUCGUGAGAGCUGAAGUUGGGCUACCAACCUCAUUUGGCUGUUGGGUUCAUGGAGUUCCAAAACCUACAGUAUCAUGGCUCUUCGAUGGUGUAGAUGUACAUAAUAGUUCAGUAGAUUGCGAUAUGGAAGAAACAGAAACGAGCAUCGAAGACGACUCGGAAGAUAGAGUGCCGGGUAGUGUUAGGUGGGUUAACGUGACUCUUUUAAAUGUGACGUCAAGUGCGGCUGGCGAAUGGACGUGUGUGGCUAAAAGUGUUGCGGGAGAAGCAAGGGCUAUAAUUAGCCUUGUGUUACCAAGAUCACAAACAGCAACUGCUCGAACAGCGCCUGGCAUUCCUCAUCUGUUAGGCGUUGUGUUUGGAGCUUUGGGCAUAUUAGCUUCUCUUGGUUUUAUCGGUGCCGUUGCCUGCUGGCACAUGCGACGGCGAACCGUCCCUCCAAGCAGAAGUUUUACUGAUCAAGAAAAGCGAUUGAUUGAUGCGUCUGUAGUCGUUAGUUGCGACCGAUCUAUCGGCGAUAUGGCCUCACCUUGCGAUUUCGAGAUGACAGAACGAAUGUCUGACGAACCUCCAAGAGGUUGCGGUUUUGACCCUGUUCACAUUACUAUAGAAGGCACACCAGGUGCGUUUCCGCCGCCGCCUGCUGAGUUUGCUGUACCAGUACCAUACGGAAACAUUUUCAUAUCUGUCCAAGUAGCAGGCAGAGGAGAACCUGGCAAGUACCCGGACCUAUUAAGCGGUGGAGCGACACUACCCCGUCGGAAUAGAACAUGUUGCGCUGUGCCCGCAUAUGACAACAUGGGUCCCAGGGUGACAGCGACAGGCAGCUCUACCUGGUCGCUACCCGGAGCUAGCACCGAGAACGUGGAGGUUUCUGAGACCCCGGUGUUGACGCUACCGCCGCCGCCACCAGAGUUUGUGUCGCUUUAGCCCCGGCCUCUGGUACUAGACGCCUCAGCGCUGAGGUGACCUGGUACCCAGACAUUCGCAGUCAAUUAGACUAUUCCCCAAUUUUAUUGUAUUUUAUAAUAAUUUUGACGUGAUUAUUAAUUUUAAUGUAAAUAGUUAUAACGCUAAGAUAUGGACGAUGUGUGACAUCUGUGAGGUAAAUACGUAAGAUUGUUAUCAAUAUUAAUAUUGUAAUAUUGCAUUUAAAGUGAACUUGUUGAUACGUUGGGUAAUGACAUGAGAGCGAUUAGUCUACCUGUUUUGUUCCCUAGAUAUUCAUUUUAUGUAUUUCGAGUAAUCGUCUUCCUACACGUUGUUAUAUACGGACAGAUUUAUUAAAGCCAUUUUUGGCUGUAUUAUUCUCAAGUAUUAUUUCAAAAAUAAUCAGCCAAAAAAGCUAGCUAAUUCAAAAGAUUUAUGGUAUGUUAAAUAAUAUUAUUCCUGUAGCAAAAAAACGACGGUCUCAUUGAAUUAAACAUUUUUAAAUUCAGCAUAGUUGCUUGGAGUAAGUUUGUAUACAAUGUGACGUAACACAAAAUGAAAUAUUCAAAUUAAAUGAGAGAAGACAUUCUGUUUCAAGUUCCGUUGCUGUCCGUAUAUUCCAGCUAAACUUUUGUAAAUAAAAUAUUGUUUAUUAUACAAACUUCCCAAACAUAAGACUGACCCUUUUCUCUUGUUUUUCACCUCUUUAUAACUUUAACGUUAAUGCUGUACCACCUAGUCGAGUCGGCCAGAAUAGCUUAUAAAUAAAUUUUCUUUGAAAGCAAAAAUAUCUAAUGUAAAGGAAAAUAAACCGAUCAAGUAAAA